AUGAAAAAUAAAUCUAUAAUUAAAGGAAGAACCAAAAAUUUUAAAAAGUGCAAAUACUGUUCGAUCUUUAACGAGUGUAAAUUAUUGGGGAAAUUGAUAAAUAAUUUUAUAAUAAUUCUUAAAAUCUAAUUCAGAUGUUAAAGGUAUUUUUAUAAAUCAUCCAAAAAAUUUGAAUUUUAAAUUUAUCCAGUUUUACAAAGUGUCUAUAAAAACAUCAAAGCAAAUGUUGUAAUCUACCUGAAUAAAUAAAAAGAACUUGAUCAUUUUAUCCACAGGAUAACAUCACUAGUAUUUUAUUAAGAAACAUCAAAGUUAAUAAAAAUUAAUUCAAAAUAAUAAGUAAUAAAAAUCAAGAAUAUUAAUUAAAAAAUCCACUUGGCUGGAUUGUUCAAAAAAUAAAGAGCUUUAAUUUUGAUUAGUUUUAUUCUUAUUUGA